UAUAAUUACAAACCAUAGCUAAAAUCAUGUAUAAAUUGGUAACUCUGGUGGUUCUCAUUACAGUUUCGCAAACCUAUGCUGAGGAUGGUGUCUUUUCAUGGUAUGACGCACCUGCCGGUGCCAUCACAGCCAGUGGUGAACCCUUCGACCCAAACGCCAUGACUGCCGCCCAUAAGACCCUAUCGUCUAUCAGCGUUAGGAUCAACGACAGGGGACCGUUCGUCGCCGGGAGGAUACUCGAUGUGACCCCCGCUGGAGGUCGUGAGCUCGGUAUCAUCGAUAGUGGACUCUGUCAGGGUCAUAUUUAA